AUAAGAAGAAGAAGAAGGAGAAAGGAAAAAUGGUAAGAAGAAACGGAAUUCAUGUCAUUUCAAGUCUUCCGACGAGGCUGUGGUGGCCGCAGCAACGAAGGAAAGGAAAACGGGCCGUCGUGCGAUUAGGAAACAGGCGACGAGGCUUCUUGGUGGGACAACCGCGUACGGUGGUGCAGAGAUGGAGGAUGAACAUCGGAAAGCCGAUGAAGAUGAUGAGAAAUAUAAUUAUGGGAAUUAUCUCAAAUGGUGGAAAUGUCAAGGUCUUAGAUGCUUAUCUAUGGUCUUUACCGAUUUUACGUCCUCAGUUGUUUCCACUAUGUUGA